AUGUGUAAAGUGAAUUGCCCUGGAGGAAAGACUCCACUACAGUUACAAGCCCAACUUCUCUUUAUCCCGAUAAAAUGGAGAUUAGAUAAGUCUAUCCAAUCAGUUCGGGGAGAAGCACCCUCCAAAUUUAACAUAGAUUUCAUUAAGUAUCACCCCUUCUCCUUAUUUUUAUCCGCAUUUAUCCCAAGCAUUCAAUUUUUAAUCCCUCUUAUCUUUAUUUUUAUCAUUAUUUUAAUUUCUAUAGUACUACGGUAUAAGCUCAAAAUGUUGAGCAAAUUAGCAUUUUUUCUUCCCAUUAUUUUAUUUAGUCUUUUUCCUGGUGGGGAAGGGGUCAGAGACCCAAAGCACAAAGUUUUGCUAGCCCCCGCCAAAUUUUUUCAAAAAAUUUAUUUAUUUAAAGUAAUUUGUUUAAGAUCGCCAGAUGGCGAUAUUUUUUCCAAGUCUGAGCACAAUAGAGUGCGUUUCCAAUGUUUAUCUCAAAAAAUUCCUUUACAAAAAUUCUUUGGUAAAAAUUCGCCAGAUGGCGAUAUUUUUCUCUUAAAGUUAGAGAAGAGCACAGCGCUCAGCCAAUGGAAAGAAGUGGGCAAGCGCCCUGACAAAAAGUUGUUUUUACAAAAGGAUGAGCGCCAACAAUUUGGGAGAAUUGGCUUUCCUAUUGUAAAAAGAGAGACGAAAACACUUAAGUGGCCAGAUGGCAAAUUUUUGCCGAAGGGCGGGCAUACCAUUGGUUGCCCAUCAAAUCCUCCUCCAACUAUUUCCUUACUUUUAGCCCAAUUCAUUUAUAAAAUUUUCCAAAUUAUUUUUAUUUUGUUUUUUAAAAAAUAUUUUUCAAUUUUUCCAAUGGCUCAGCGAAGCCUCCCACCGCCUUUAUUAGCUGGGGAGACCAGUGAGGAAUAUUUAAGUAAAUGCCAAAGAAUGGCGUAUAGUCCUGAACAUCCCAAGAGGGAAGAGAAUUUAGCCGAGUAUCUGAUUAGAAUUAUGGGCCCAGUCAACUGGGAUAAUUUAGAAAUUAAAAGAAUGGCCGAAGGGCUUAUUUUUUUAGUUUGGGAUAAACUUAUGCUUCGAGAGCAACCUAUGCCGGUCAAUCGUCCGGUUCUAUCGAGACCAGCCUCCAUUGAAUUAGUUGAACCCUACAUUAGUGUAGAAAAGCAUUUUAAAUUAAAGGGACAGCCCUUGAAGCACCCGAGCCUACCCUGCCUUGUAGCGGAGGGCGGCGUUAGAGGUACCACCCGUAAAAGCAAGAAAAACUCUAGAAUGGUUGGCCAUAGGUGCUGGCGAAGCGGACAGGUUCACAGAGACUAUAUUCCAUUAGAGAAGGUUAUUUACCUGCCGGAGGGCCCAGCUAAUCCACCAGAAACACGCGCACCCACACCACCACCUCAGCCAGCUUUAGAACAAGUCGGCAAAAAAGACGAGGAAAUUCGCAUUGUAGCCCGCGGAAUUAAAACACUUACAAUAACAUUCCUUAUUUGUGCUCUGUUUUUCCCCACCGCCUUUGCUAUAGAGCCGACUUUUGUAGAGAAUCACGAUUUUUGUUUGUCUCCUCACCCAUCGCGAUUUUUCUCCGUGUUUCCUUACCUUAUGACAGCAAAUUUCAAUUUAGAAAGCUUUAAAAUGUCUAAACAACCAUCAACUAAGGAGGCUCGGGAGUUGCGUAAACAACGAGAGAAAGCUUAUUGUCAGCAACUCGGAAAGCCAGUUACUUUAGAGGAUUUUGAUUUGAUGAAUGAAUGGUUGGAUACAGGCAGCGAAAUUGUUCCAACUACGAAUGAAAGUAUUUUGGAUUUUAAUGAGGAGCAACCAGCAGAAAAUACUUUAAAUUAUGAAAAAAUUGUGGAGCAACAACCACCAACAGAGCAACAGCCAUUUUACUCUAUUUUGAACCCACCUCCUGCGCCUCCUACAACCACCAACAAAGACAACCAUCAAGGUGAAAAGCAUGUCCUGCAGCAACAAGCACAAAAACAACCAGUUGGUUUGGAGACCGGUAAGAUUAAUGCUUUGGGGGGAGAUGAGGAAGAAAAUUUAAAAGAAAAACAAGAAAAAUUAAAUUUAGAGCUCAUGAGACAGCGUGAGCGUCGCAAGGACCAAGAGCGGUCCGAACGGCGUAAGGCCGAGGCAAAGGCCGAGAAAAGACGUGAGGAGGAACGUCAGGAGCACAGAGCUCUGAUGAAAGCCAUCCUUGAAAGUUUGGGUAAGAAGCCCACUGAAACUAAAAGUAAUGAGACUUUACUUCCAGGCCCGAAACCCCAAGCCGCACCAGCCGCCGUUCCGCUCAGCCAUGUGCAAGUACGGGCUCCAGUGCCCCCUAGUUCCCAGCCAUCAUACUCCGGUCGAAAGCGACCAUGGGGUCAGAGCACCUCGAAAGCCCCAGCAGAACCUCUCCGUAUUCCAGCAUCCGCAGCGGAUGUUGAGAAACAUCUAAAGUUUGUCCAUCUCCAUUCUGAGUGCAUUAUGGAAUCAAUAAAAUCUGCGUAUGGGCAUGUGGACGAAUCCGUUAUCAGGUCUCAGAAUCCCAUUUUCGUGCAGCAUGUAUUGGCGAUCGAGGCCGCGGCUACCCGACUGAAGAAAACGAUUAAAACCGCGUUUUUUGAGUUAAAUAUUGAGCCUUAG